AUGUCAGUCACUCUUCGCGAACUCAAGAUAAAGACUGGAGUCGUUAAACGUCUCUUUAAAGAAGAAAAAUCUUAUCGUCAAGAAGUCGAAAAACAACAAAAACGAAUUGAUAAAUUAACGGAAGAUGGAACUGAUAAACAUACUAUAGCUAAACAGGUUUACGAUAUUAUAAUUUUAUUUUUUAUCGAAGAAAUAAAAAGUUUAUUAAGUCUUUUCUGUAAAAUAGAAAGAAGUAUUGCAAGAAUCAUUAAAUAUGAUUCCAGAUUGCCAGAAUCGUCUUAA